AUGACAUCGUUGGCCCGCCAGCUUGAGGCCCUACGCGGGCCCACGGCCAAGCAAUUGACCGUUGAGAAGCGCCAUGUCUCUCUUCUCUACGAACAAAAGGAAGCGAAGACUCUUGAUAGAGAAACAAUGCAUAAGAUUGGUAACAAAGGACUCGACGAGUUGAAGCAACUCGACCCGCGCUUGGCAGAACUGGACGAACUUUUCGAUGAAGCCAACAUAAACUUUCAGCGGACGAUGAUCGCGCCGGCGCAAAACGAGGAGCUCACCAACAAAAUCAAGCAGGCACUGUUGCUCCUUUCACCAUACAUGGAAGGAUACGCAUGCAAGCAAGCACUCGAAUUGCUUGUUUAUCGCUACAAGAUCUACGCGUUCGAUGCGGAGACGUUCCUCCUAUCCUUCUUGCCCUACCACGAGACCAAUUUCUUCGGCCGGAUUCUGUCGAUCCUUGAACUCGAUUACACGUCGCAGAAGGAUUUGCAGUUCUUAGAAACGUUCGCAAGGAAAAGAAUGCCCGUUCCAUUCAACAUGUUGGCGAAGCACGCAUUCAGCGGCACAAAUUCGAUUUUGAGCCGCGUAAACAGCCAUAUCCUCGAAAGCGCAAAGACGGUUGGGAACGAAUGGCUGGAAGCGCAUGCGACUGCCCUGUUCGCCUUUCAUGCCAAGAUAUUGCUCUCGGUACUUGACGAUGAGGGCGCGAUCACCGACAACCUAUUGUCGAAGGUUAUCCCAAUUGCGGCUGCAGGAGUGAAAAGCCCUCUCUCGAGCCUUCGCUACUCUUCUUUGAUGGUCAUCUGCAAACUGGCCGUGUCCGUGAAGAUGACCGCCAGCACUACUUCGAACCUGCUCAAGCUAAUCCUCUUUAAAGUACGACCCGGCUCGACGGUCCCAUCGCUUUCCACAGUAGUUGUGCUCUGCCAGCAACAAGGUGUCAGCAAUUUCAGCGCCAAAGCCCUUCUGAAGUUGUUGCGACGGGAGUCCGAACUUGGGUUCUUCACCGCUCUGCAGCAAAUUUUGGUGCACACCGAUUUCCUGAGAUUUCUGAUUCCGUUCUGGAAAACGCUAUUCACCAUUGUUGAUUCCGGUGUUGAAGAAGAUGUGGCCCUGGCUGAUGCGGCGAUCCUUUCUUCUGUGGACCUGAUUGUUAACGGAGCUCAAAUGUCCGCUCUUCUCGAUAUUAUCAUUGAACGUAUCUCCGACGGUUACGAGGUGCCGAGGAAGUUGGCGAAGUCUCUAUACUCGCUUUGCGCCAGGUAUCCGGUGGACCUAGAUCUUGUGCGCAAGGAAUGGGAAGCUCGAAAUUCUGUGGCGUUCCUGACGUUAACCGAGGCCUCGGGAUUGGAACCCCUGUUGAUGCAAAUUGUCAAAGGCACGCUUUACCCUAACGUUUCCGAGCCCAAAGAUGCAGUUAUUAUCAAAAAGCCCGUCGACCCGGCGGCUGUUCUGGACACCUUGCAAAACGAUAGCGACUUCGCUCGCGAGAAGCCGUUCGUUGGCGAUCCACUCCGUAAGGCGCUCGACUGGGCAAAAGCGUCUGAGUGGGAAAACGUUGAGACUGCUUGCAACGAGAUGAUCAAGCGCAAAACGUACGUAAGCAGGCAGAUGUCCGAUGAUGUGGAAGAAUUGAUUUUCGAGAUGACGAGGAAAUACAUGCAGGAGCCGUCCAAUAAAAUACCAGUCUCCGGUUUUCGUGCCGCUUUGUCUGAGGCCCCGAUCACCCCCAAGUUCAUUCUCUGGAUGUUGACUCGCCAAGAAGAAACGGGCAGCGCUGAAAAGAAGGCGAAAACUACAAGGCUCUCAAACCGGAACUGCUUUGCGGCAAAAGAAGAAUACAUUCGUCGUCUUCGCUUCGCCAUCGAAUUCCUGGCCAUCUGCACAAAACUGCCGCAGUGCCAGGAAGCGUUGCCGCUUCUUUUCAGCAUUGUCAGACGGAUUGUCUUUUCCGAGCCAGAUCUGGAUACGCAGCCAAUUUUGCAGUUGGGGCUCGCGGUGCUUCGAAAUAUGCUGUUGACACCUGGAAGCAUCAAAUUUGCUGAGUGCGAUUUGGACAUUGCCACUAUCACGGAUGCGAUCCAAAAGACCCGUAAUCAGCAUGUACUACGCGAAGGGCUGAGGCUUUUGACAGUUGCCACGAAGAUUGCUCCGGUGAUGGUGACGAAGUACAUUCUGCAAAACUUUGCGUUCAUGGGCGAUGGCCGCAAGCUGAAGGAUAACGAACUGAUCAUGGGAAUCCUCGAGGACUCGAUCCAAACUAUUUUUGAAGCUGUUAUGACCAUUCCUGGAUCAGCUGAGGCGACAUCCCAGAAGCUAGUCGAGGUCUGCAAGAUGUGGGCGUGCGUUGUUCCGGAUUUACCUGGUCAUCGCCGUGUCCGCCUCUCAAUAGCGAUUGCAAAGGCCAUCCCAGCAUCGAUGGGAUGGGUCUACCCAGCUUCUCUUUAUUCACAGUUCUGCGUGGCGUGGAACAAGCCGAAAUUCGGGGUUCUCGAUCGAACAAAAGUAAUGUCCGCCUUGGAGUGCUAUGAUGUGAUGGCAUGCGAAAUGAUUUCUGGCUAUCCACCAGUUGAGCAGUUGGCCUGCAUCGUGGACCUCCUCAAAUUUGUGAUCAGCGUCGUCCGUCAUUACCGCUUCGUGCUCAUCUCGACCCUUGGAAAGAUGUUGUCGAGUCGUGAUUUGUACAAGCGCUUGAGCAGAGAGACUGAUGAGGACCUCAUCAAAGCCUUGCUGCCAAUUGGCCGACGACUAUUGAUGGGCAGCAUAGAUUUGGACGACUUUGUGCAAAAAAAUAUGAACGAAAUCAUGGACGGAAAUGGAAAAGCAAAGUAUAUGGCUCCUGAAGAAGUGGAGGCUACCAAACGCUAUUGGAUGGCGUUGAUUGGCAAGACGGACUACGUUUCGCAAAAAUUGCGCCACUUGCUCCCGGCAAACAUUUCCACGCGACUGAUUACGGACCUUUUGACCAAUCCGGCAUCGACGCUGACUGAAAAAGAAAAGGCUUUGGCGCUUUGUAAUGCCAAGCUUCAAUAUGAGGUUUACUAUUCGGAACAAAAGGAUUCUGAUGGGAAGCUACUCAUCCCGCUAAUCGACAUCCUCAACGGCUUCAUUGGACCUGAAAAAUCGCAAGAAAAAGUCCUGUUGUGCCAGAACGCGUCAUUCAGCCUGAAGCUAAUCGCGAAACGGCUGAGGCCGGACAAGCAGUAUCCAUCACUAUCCGAGACGAUGCAGAAAUGUGUCGCCGGGAUUGAAGCGUGGACUUCGCUGGACGAUCUGCUCGUGGGCAACUUGCUGCUGCUCGCAGGUGAACUCGUUCGCUCACAUAAUAUGGGCACGACUGUACUGGCCGUCGAGCCUAUCAUCAAGGGCUGCCUCAGCAUCCUCAGCCACAACAAGGUCGUUCAACCAGAAGAAGAGCGAGCGCCUGGGCCACCCGGUGGCAGAAAACGCUUGGCGUCAUUGAGCGGCCGUCCGAGAGGCAACGAUGCGCUUCAGAUUUGCGCCCUGAUAUGUGUCCAAAGGAUUGUCGACAAGUUUGCCUCGUUCGUCGCCCCCUACUUGGCCGACAUCUACAAGUAUUUUGCGCAGCUCGCUGCCGCCAAGAUCAACCCUCAGGUGGGCACGGAGUUUUGUAACAAGACC